AAGAAGCUAUGUUAACGACCACUUUAUGAUUGAAGUUAGAACAACGAACAAGUUCAAAUUCAAUCAAUUUUAAUUUUAAUUCCUCACUCUGAACUCUAAAAAAUGUUCAAAUUUCGUUCUCUCUUACUCAAAUCAAAAUCAAAACCAAAACAAUGCAACACUCUCGCUGUUAUUCGCAAACUCACUUCAUCACAACCUCUCAACACAUUCCAUUCCAGAAACGCUUCCUCGUUUUCGAAGCCACAUGCAUCCGCACGUGCAGAUUCUAGGGUUCCGAUCUCGCGUAAUUUCUGCACCGCACCGGAUAGAGACACGCUCGAAUACGACGUCGUCAUCGUCGGAGCAGGUCCCGCCGGUUUAUCGGCGGCGAUACGGUUGAAGCAACUCUGCCAAGAGAAUGACACCGAUUUGUCUGUUUGCGUUCUCGAGAAAGGCGCUGAAGUCGGUGCUCAUAUUAUUUCUGGAAACGUUUUUGAACCUCGCGCGUUGAAUGAACUUCUUCCUCAGUGGAAGCAGGAAGAUGCUCCAAUUACUACACCUGUUACUUCUGAUAAGUUUUGGUAUCUGACAAAGAAUCGUGCAAUUUCACUUCCGAGUCCUUUUGACAAUGAAGGGAACUAUGUAAUAAGUCUAAGUCAGUUAGUACGAUGGAUGGGAGAAAAAGCUGAAGAGUUAGGCGUGGAGAUUUACCCAGGAUUUGCUGCUAGUGAGAUAUUGUAUGAUGCUAAUGACAAAGUUAUUGGGAUUGGAACUAAUGAUAUGGGAAUUUCAAAAGACGGUUCGAAGAAGGAGAAUUUCCAACGCGGUGUUGACAUUAAAGGUCGCAUCACACUUCUGGCUGAGGGAUGUCGGGGAUCAUUAUCCGAGAAAAUAAUCAAACAGUACAACCUGAGAGAGAAGGGAGGUGCGGAACAUCAAACAUAUGCUUUGGGAAUUAAAGAGGUUUGGGAAAUCGACGAGGAAAAGCAUCAACCUGGGGCGGUAAUUCAUACGUUGGGAUGGCCUUUGGAUAAUAAAACAUAUGGAGGAUCUUUUCUGUAUCACAUGAAAGAUAGACAAAUUUCUUUAGGCCUUGUGGUUGCUUUGAACUAUCAAAACCCUUUCAUGAGUCCUUAUGAGGAAUUCCAGAAACUUAAGCAUCAUCCUGCAAUCAAACCAUUUCUGGAAGGCGGAACAGUCAUCCAGUAUGGAGCUCGCACUUUAAAUGAAGGAGGUUUUCAGUCUAUCCCAUAUCCAGCUUUUCCUGGUGGAGCAAUUAUUGGAUGUUCAUCUGGCUUCUUGAACGUGCCUAAGAUAAAGGGAACUCACACUGCAAUGAAAUCAGGAAUGCUUGCAGCUGAAUCUGCAUUUGGCGUGUUUAAUAAAGGUCUAGAUAUGAAUGCAUAUUGGGAUGCUUUGAGGAAUUCAUGGAUUUGGGAAGAACUAUAUAAAGCUCGGAACUACCGACCUGCCUUCAAGUAUGGGCUUGUUCCAGGGCUGGCCUUAAGUGGUCUGGAACAUUACAUACUCAAGGGGAGGCUCCCAGUUACUUUGAAGCAUGGUAAACCUGAUCAUGAAGCUACAGAUGCUGCAAAGUUGCAUUCUCCAAUUCACUAUCCAAAGGCCGAUGGUGUCUUGUCUUUCGAUGUACCUACCUCUCUGCACAGAAGCAACACAAAUCAUGAGCACGAUCAACCUCCGCAUCUUCAAUUGAAGGACCCAAAGGUUCCUGAACUUACAAAUUUACCGGUGUAUGCUGCUCCCGAGUCCCGAUAUUGUCCUGCACGAGUAUACGAGUAUGUUGCAGAUGAGAAAAAUCAAAUGAAGUUGCAGAUUAAUGCUCAAAAUUGUUUGCAUUGCAAGGCUUGUGAUAUCAAAGAUCCGAAGCAAAACAUCAAGUGGACAGUACCUGAAGGAGGUGGCGGUCCUGGAUACUCAGUGAUGUAGAUUCUUCUGAAUUAAACAUUUGAAGCAUAGCCCCCCUUUUCUUCAUAAUUCAAUUUCUUUUUACUUAUUAAACAAUAUUUUAAGGCCCUUAUCAACAUUUUCCAUUUUUUUUGUCUGUAGUGCUUUCUAAAUAUUCUUUCACCGGGCUCAGAGAAUUAUUCAUGCCACCUUCCAAAUUAUACAUACAUGCCACCCCUCUAUUUUAUGUUAUUUCCAAAAUGUCCUCGACACUAUUUACUCAAAAAAAAAAAUUACUGUUGUCAAAAUCAUCAAAAAAGCAAAUUUUCGGUACCCCUACCGGAAAUUAUUUGUUUUUAAAAAAAUUUUGGUAUUCAUUUACCGGAAAUUUCUGGUGCAAUUUACCGGAGAUUUAAAAAAAUUUCAAUAAUUUUAUA